AUGACAUCAUAUUUCUCUGUACCCCUACAGGAGAGGAAGAAACAGGUGUUCGACACAUUCAAGAAGGUGAUGUUGGACCUGAUGGACUGGAGGCGGCAGUUGAUGUCGGACUCACUGACACAGGACCAGGCUAGAGAACUGAAACAGAAGAUCACAGCCAAGAUAGACUGGGGGAAUGGUCGUCUUGGCCUGGACCUGGUCCCCAGGGUGAACAGUGAACAGGUGGACACAGAGAACAUUAGUGUGGUCGAACUGUUCAGGCUGCAUGUACAGAGUGCUGAGGCUUCUCAUAGUGCUUCUGCACGUGGCUCCAUACGUCGCACACUGUCCAAGAAAAUCCUGACAUAUCACCUGUACCUAAACUUCCGCACUCUAGCCUGCAAUGUAGGUGAAGACACAGAGGUCUAUUUCUCUCUCUACGAUACCAAAGAAGAAAGAUUCAUCAGUGAGAGGUUUCUGUCCAGACUGACAAAGAAUGGAUUACCACUGAACCAAGACAGGAUACAGAACAACUGUGCCCUCUUUACAGACUUGGGCAAUGAAGACCUGGUGAAAGAUUUGUGGCUGGUGGUCCAGAUCUUCAGAAGAGGUCGAAUAUUACUGAGUGAGUCGUCCAAGAAGAGCCAGCAGCACCAGUUCAGGCGGCCGUAUGGUGUGGCUGUGCUCCACUUACGCGAGAUGAUGACAGCAGACAUGUCUGACGAGAAUGAGAGAGAGUACAGCACCAGGGUGCAGACAUGUACAGACACCCCUGGUGACAAGGACUUCCCCAUGAUGCAUGAGGACAUGAUUAGAAAACACAAGACAAACCCAGGCUAUGUGAACACUUCAUUAACUGUGUCAUUACGCAAGUUUCAUGGCACUUUGGAUGAAGUACGGCACCGGCAUCCAUUGCUGGUUGGGAAGAGUAUCGCAAUCACCAGGAAGAUUGGCUUCUCUGAUGUCAUCAUGCCUGGUGAGGUGCGGAACGACUUCUACUUCAGUAUCCACAGAGGCGACUUUGAGAAGGGAAAGAAGACGGCGCAGAAAAAUGUGGAAGCGAGGGUGGUUGUUUUAGAUGACAAAGGAAAUGAGAUGAAGGAGUGUCUAAGUGCAGGGUCAGGUGAACUGAAUGGUGACGAAUACAAGUCAUUUGUCAUGUACCAUCACAACAAGACGGUAUGGAAUGAGAUAGUCAAGUGUGAGGACUACGUGAAGUUAAAGAACGUGUCCCACUAUCUCAGCCUCCCGUCAACCACUGAAGAUGUCACUCACACAAACAGCAAUAAAUAUUUCACCAAAGACACAGAGGACGCCACUAUCUACACCACGCUUUGCUCAACUAAACAUACGCAAAAUGUUGAUAUCCUGGGAAUUCUGAAGUGGAGGGACCCCAAGGAAAACCUGCUGCAGAACUUACAAAAGCUGUUACGCAUAGAUGGGGAGGAGAUUGUAAAGUUCCUCCAAGAUAUUCUAGAUGCAUUAUUUUCCAUGUUGUCAGAGAUGAGUGAGAACCAGCCUGAGCUGCAGGUGGUUUUUAAAGCACUGGUCAAGAUAUUCAACAUGCUGGAGACAACCAAAUAUGAACAUUUUAAAAUUGUCAUCGACACUUACAUCACAGACCAUUUCUCUGCUCCACUGGUUUACAAGGAUCUCUUGCGCUGUCUGCAGGGAAGGAUUGACGCCAUCACAGCCACUGUGGUUGACAAACAGAAAAACCUGCAGAAUGUUUUCAAGGUCCUGGAAUACAUCUUCAAAUUCAUUGUGCAGUCAAAAAUACUAUUCACCAGGCAUUCAGGUGGCCCUGCAGCUGAAGAGGAAUUUAAAUCUUUACUUACCGCUGUGAUGAAGUCUAUGGGGACAGCUCUACAUUAUAACAAGGAGGCCACAAUUCAUACCCAGUGUGUUUUGCUGCGAUCGUUCAGUGGCAUCUACAAUGAACUUUUGCGUGUAGUUUCCAAAAUGGAGCUUAGCAGCAUGAUCUGUACUCUGAUAGCCAGGAUACCCCGCGAUGUCCACUACCAGCUGGCGCACGUCAAACUCUUGUGUCUGCGAGACACUGUUGGCUCAGUUCUCUUUCAAGAUCCAGAGUCCAGACACACCUUGAUGCCAAUGUGCCUUGGUCAGCUGAAGUACUACAUGAUUGAAAAACAAGAGCUCAAGGAGUCCACCGCCAUCUUGGGGGACAUUCUCGACGCCCUCUAUGCAAAUGUACAGUCCAAGACGUCUCAUGCGGACAUAGAACACGUAGUGACCGGCAUGUUGCCAGUGGUGUUACAGACCGUCACAGCUGCAGACAGGAGAAGUGAAGUUGCGCCUGACACGGGACUGCGGAGAGCACGUUACUCGCCCUAUGUGAUAAACCGCCUGGAGGAGAUCUUUGUUUUUAUGUUAUUUUACUUGUACUGGUUAUAUCUAAGGCAACCAUUGGAUUCCACCUCAUACCAUAUAAGACUUCAGAACUUCAUCUUUACUCUGCAACACAAGUGAAACAGUAUUUGUAGAUGUAAAGUUGAAAUUAGCCUUAAAUCUUUUUCCUGUCUAUUCCAGGGUCAACUGGUCGCCUGUCUGAUAGGCAUGCUGAAGCUUAUGGACGAGACGCACUAUAAAUCAGUAUUAGAUGCCUACGUGGAUGGCCCCAGACUCAAGGGAUUCCUCCUGAAAGUACUAACGGUGUUCCAAGAACUAGUGGGUAAAGAUGUCUUCCCAUCUGACUGGAUCGUGAUGAGGAUGGUCACCAACAAUGUCAUUCUGACUGCCAUCCAGUUCUUCUCCCAGGCCCUAAACGACCAUUUCCUUCACGGGGACAGCUUUGACUCACAGCUGUGGACGGAGUGUUUCAAACUCGCCGUCGCCUUCCUGACGCAGCCCAGUCUGCAGUUGGAGACGUUCUCCGAGGCCAAGAGAGCUAAAAUACGGGAAAGGUAUGGAGAGACAGACAUGAGGGUGGUGAUGGGGUUCCUCAUACUGUCCAUGUGGCAGAACCUAGGAGAGCACAAGAUCCACUUCAUCCCCAGCAUGGUGGGUCCUUUCCUGGAGGUGACGUUGGUGCCGGAGACGGAGCUGAGGAAGGCCACCCUCCCCAUCUUCUUUGACAUGAUGGAGUGUGAACAGAGACAUAGGGGGAACUUUAAACAGGUUGAGAGUGAGUUGAUAGACAAGCUUGACAUCCUGAUCAGUGAAAACAAAGGAGAUGAUGAGUACAGGGAGCUCUUCAAUGCUGUGCUUUUGGACAAAGUUCAAGCUUCUGAGACCUCCUGGAAGGAGAAUGGCACCAUUUUCAUCAACUCUGUUACCAGGUUACUGGAGAGGCUUCUGGACUACAGAAAUGUGAUGAUGGGAGAUGAGAACAGAGACAAGAGGAUGACUUGUACUUUUAACCUGCUGAACUUCUACAAUAAUGAAAUUCAGCGGGAAGAAAUGUAUGUGCGAUACAUUUACAAACUGUGUGACCUUCACCUUGCUGCAGAGAACUACACAGAGGCUGGUUUUACGUUACAACUUCACGCCAGCCUCCUCGAGUGGUCUGACACCAUGCUUCACGCAGACCACAAACAUCCUCACGCUGAGUUUGAGUGGCGGAGGAAAGAGGGACUUUAUAAACAGAUCAUAGACUAUUUUGAUAAGGGGAAAGCAUGGGAGUAUGGCAUUCCACUCUGCAAGGAACUGGCUGAUUUAUAUGAGAAAACCUACGACUAUGCAAAUCUUAGUAACAUUUUGAAAACCCAGGCUCAAUUUUUUGAUAAAAUCUUACAUGAGUUGAGAGCAGAAUGUGAAUACUUCAAAGUGGGCUUCUAUGGCAGAGCUUUCCCUAUGUUCUUGAGGAACAAAGUUUUUGUCUACAGAGGAGAGGAGUAUGAGAAAUUGUCUGCUUUCAACCAUCGUCUGCAGCGUGAAUUUCCUGCUGCCACCAUUAUGAGCAGUAACACACCGCCAGACGACAGCAUAUGUAAUGGAGACGGACAGUAUAUUCAGAUCUGUAACAUCAAGCCCAUCCCGUGUGACCUGGAGGUGUUCCGUAGCCUGUCUGUGCCACAAGCCGUGAAAAACUUCUACAAAGUCAACGAUAUCAAGACAUUUCAGUACUUUGUUCCAUUCCAUAAAGGAGUCAAGGAUAAGAAUAAUGAGUUCAAGACUCUGUGCCUAGAAAAAACAACUUUAAAAACAGGCCACUCUCUGCCGGGAAUUCUGCGUUGGUUUGAGGUGCAGGAGAUAAAGACAAUAGAGCUCAGUCCUAUCGAGACCGCCAUAGACACCAUGGAGAACAUGAACAAGGAGUUGCGGAAUCUUAUCAGCCAGUAUGGCCAUGAGACCACCCAGAGUCUUAAUCCACUCACCAUGAGACUGAAUGGGGUCAUAGACGCAGCUGUCAAUGGAGGCUCAGCUAAAUACCAAGAGGCCUUUUUCUCAGCUGAAUUUGCAAUACAGAACCCAGAAAGCCUUCACCAUAUCCCGGUGCUAAAAGGACUGUUCCAACAACAGGUGACCUUGCUGGAAGAUGCUCUAGGCAUUCAUGGCCGCUUGGCACCAGAACAGGUGCAGCCAUUACACAACCGUCUGGUAGAACUGUUUGCAACAAUGAAGGAAUCAUUCAGAUCCACUGGUUCCCCAAUGAUGACAAGACACGCCACUGUGAGGAAGAAGUCGGAUCCUCUACCUGACCUCCCAGGUCAAAUACUCCAACCAACCAGCUUAGACUCCGGGGGCUCACCAAGGUCAAGCUCGUCAUUGACACCAACGCCUCCUAGUAGCAAUCGUUCCUCUGGUGUCUAUGGUGAUAUUCCUGAGGAAGAGGAGGAUUUGUAUGCUUCUCCUAAAGAGUCAGCUAGGCAGAGUGUAGUGGCUAGCAAACGUAGUAUGUCUCCCGUGAUAGAGAGACACAGCACGGGGACACGUAGACCCGCCAACUCCUGGCUAGCACAGAGACCACAGUCUAUGAAUAUACAGGAGAAAUUUGAACCCAAGGUUUGUAAGUUAAUUAACAGAAUAUUAUGACUAACUGUGCAUGUUUGAAGCAUAUGGUGUCGGAGAAAAAGAAAGAAAUUAAAGAUCUUACAUCUGGCAUGCCCUUAGAAAUGA